AUGCCGCCUCAGCCACCAGAUCAUUUCGUGAACGGGGCUUCCAUGGUUUUCCGCAUGCCAGACCCCACCAGCUUCCAGCGGGCCACACAGAGCCGCAGCCCUCUCGACACGAGCACACUACCAUCGGGGGAUCGAAAAUUAGCCAUUAUCCUCCCAGUCGAUCGACCAAGCCCAGAUUUGUGCAACAAAGACACGGCGGGAUAUGACCAGUUGGACGACGAGGACAUUGUCGUCAUGCUCGAUGCCCUCGAUGUGUGGUUCCAACUGCCUCCUGAGGUCUUACUGACCAGAUACUUCAUGGCUUUGCAAGAAGCAGACCAAAGAUUGCAGAAUGAGCACAAUAUGACAGCCGAGGACUCCAUUUACCACACUAUCAUGGAACUCGCCGGCGAUCAGGGUGUCUUUGAGGAGGUGUUCGGUGAUAAGAACCCGAAGACAAAAGAACUUCACAAGGAGUACGAGUACCAUGUGGGGCUGGACUACAGACAAGAGUUGUUUUGCCCUACGUGCUACUCUGAAGAAAACGGCUUCUUUGUCGAGCUCGGUAAUCCAGAAGCUGUUGAACUGGAGUCACAUCGAGUGGGAGUAUCGCCCCCUCGCGUGGCCGGUCUCCCUGCCGAUAUCGCCGUGGCCAACUCACCGCUGCUCACACUCGAGCUUGCUACAUCUGACCAACCAUCAUGGGGCCAGUUGGCGCUCUAG